AGCCCCACGACACCUUUCUGACAGACAGGUCGCACCAGCCGUCCAGGUCCAGCCCGCAUUCCUUCCCUCCUCCGCUCCUCCUAGUUCCUACCAACUCCCGUUGUUGCCUACGGCGAUUCCAAAUUCCCAUCUGCCCUCCUGCUGCUCCACUCCACUCCACUCCAGGCUCUUUUCCCUGCUCCUGUGGGCUGUGGCGAGCGCAAACCAGCCUCGCUUCCCAAACCCUAGCUCCUCGCUCUCCCGCCCGCGUGGCCUGCCAGGCAACCACCCCCGGAUCAACUCCGUACAGCGUGCCUCCGCCUCCCGGACUCCAGCGGCGGCGGGAUGUGGUCUCACUCCAAGGACUUGCUCGAGAUCGAGCCCCUCGAGCUCCGAUUCCCAUUCGAGACAAAGAAGCAGAUCUCGUGCUCUAUGCAGUUGACAAACCGAACAGAUGACUACAUCGGCUUUAAGGUUAAGACGACGAGCCCGAAGAAGUACUGUGUCCGGCCCAACAGCGGCAUCGUGCCACCUCGGUCCACCAGCGAUGUCAUUGUGACAAUGCAAGCACAAAAGGAGGCGCCACCGGACAUGCAGUGCAAGGACAAGUUUCUUGUGCAAAGUGUCGUUGUGGCGGAAGGGACCUUAGUCAAGGACAUCACUGGCGAUAUGUUUACCAAAGAAUCAGCUAAUGUGGUGGAUGAGGUUAAGCUGAAGGUCGUCUACAUCCCACCACCCAAACCGCCAUCCCCAGUGCAUGAGGAAUCUGAAGAAGGCUCAUCACCCCGACCUUCAUUGUCCGAUGGAAUUAACUUGAAUUAUCAAGAGACAACGAGGGAAUCUGAUGAGUCACUGUUGUUCUCGGCUGUAAAAACUCAUAUAGAUCAAAAGGACUACACCUCCGAGACAUCUGCUUUGAUUUCAAAGUUGACAGAAGAGAGAAACUCUGCCAUUCAGCAGAACAAUAAGCUUCGAGAGGAACUGGACCUUACGAGGAGGGAAGCCAACAAGCAGAAUGGUGGAUUCUCCUUUGUGGUCGUGGUGGCCAUUGCUCUCCUGGGAAUGCUACUGGGAUAUAUCAUGAAGAGAUAGAUGGGCUCAUAAUGACUCGGCCUCAUGUUAGACCGUUUUCCUCACAGUAUUGAAUAUUGUCUAAUGCACUUAUCACAUGCACACUGCUACUCCAUAGCAUAUUCAUCUGGUGUCUUACGUGAUCUGUUUCGUGCUUGGGAUUGGGAUGACUAGUCACCAGUCGCAACACAGGCUGUCAAACAAUGGUCUGUGUGCUUAAUCUUGUUUUAGCUGUUAUGUUAGUGUGUGCAACUAAAACUGGGUAAUUAAUGAUGUCGUUUUGGUCGACCGUUUGUGUAACAGCGAAGUCAACUUGCUGUGGGACAGCUUUUGUUUCAUGACUAGAACUUGCCAUUGCCGCCAAUUAGGCAUGCCGCAA